CAACAUGAGCUUGUUACGUCGUGGGUAGUUGAUUUCUAUAUGUACCCCAGACCAUUUGAUGAUGAAGAAGCGUGGAGAGAAGCGUGGACAUGCAAAUUCAGUUCGAAGUCACACACUCUAGCAUCAUGGCUUGUGCAGAUUCUCAACAAAGGAGCUCUCGGCCAUUGGAUCAAUCCCAAACACGGUACGUUUGAGUUGAAUUGGGCAGAGGCAGCCCAAAACUGGUACAAGGCUAAGAAGAGACACUCCAGAAUUGAAGAUGCAUCACACCUUCUACACAAAGGUAUACAAGCAGCUUUUCCGAAACUGGAGGAAUUAAAAAGAGAACGGACGGGUCACCAGUGUGUCAGAAGAAGUUUUAAGAUCAGCGACGAUAUUUGCAGCACUGUCCAGGCUAUCGUGGUUGGUACAAGUAACAAGGAAAGGAAGAGAUGUAAAUGCAACAACUCCCAGUCUCUUCCGACGAUGUGGCCUCUGUCAGAGCACCUAUUAGGAUUUGAUUCACCGAUCAAAGUGACACCUGUGAGAGAUAGUACCUAUCAGGAUUUAGCCCGCGCUGCAGAAAGUCCCAGUAACGAUGAGAUGAUAAAGUGGGUAAUGAAGAGUGGACAGAACCAGUUACUGCUAAUCUACCAGUGGGCAGUAAAACUCCCUGACUUCUGCGCUCUUGCUGAGGGGGAUCAAAAGGUUUUGCUAAAAAGUGUGGUGAACGAGCUGUUGACUGUAAAACUAGCGUACAGAAGUGUUGACUUAACACAGCAGCUGCGGCUUGGAACUGGCAAGAUAAUCGACGUGGGACUGAUCAGAGAACACUUUACAAAGUCCCUUGCUACCAGCGUAGUGAAGAACAUCGUGAGCACAUUGAACGAGUUACGUCUGAGCGAUUUGGAAUUUGCUUUGAUGCAGCAGAUAAUUCUCUUCAAUCCACAUACCGACGGACUGAGUGAUGUGAAUAGCACCAAACUAUCGCGAAGAAAAAUCUACCGACUCUUGAGCAGCAGUACAUCACCUGACAGAUUUGCGGAAAUGUUGCUCAUUCUUCCAACAGUUCAGGGAAUUGCAAAUAAUUUUAAGGAGCAGCUGCAAGAACACUCAAUGCUCGGAAUUCCUAAAUACAUGGAACAUUUUAUGGAGAUGGCAAACUUCCAACAAAAACUGUAGAUGAUAAAGGGAAAGUGACUUCGCUAUCACACAAACUUUAGAGAUCAAAGUAAAAGUGACGUCAUCAGAGAGUGACGUCAUCAGAGAGUGACGUCAUCAAAAAGUGACGUCGUCAGAGAGUGACGUCAUCAGAGAGUGACGUCAGCGACUCUAUAAAGUAGGGGAUGAUUUAUGUCACACUCACAGAAGUACAGAGACAACAUAUAAGUGUGGCAAAUUUUUGCGAAUAGUGCAAUAUUGAAGAUUGUCAAUCGUCUUGUAGGUACAGCAAGACUCAAGAGUGCGGAAAAUUUGACGAUUAAUGCAUGAUUUUUUAUGUGCAGCAAAGUAUGGGGAAUCUUCUUCAAUUAGACGUCAUAAAAAUAUGUUGAUUAUAACCAUAAUUAUGGAAAUAUCGAUCUUAUGUCUUACCUUAAGGUACACAACAGUACCCACUACCAACUUUUUAAAGCGACAAAAAUUAGGCAGAAUUAUUCACAAAUUUCGGAAAACAACCGAUAGUGCAAAUAGCACCCAAGAAAAAGUUCGGCAAUUUGCAAUUCCGCACCCACCGCACUUAUACGUUGCAGAACUAUAAUAUUGUCAUACGUUGAACGACAA